AAGGGUCGCCUGCCUGUUAAGUGGACUGCUUAUGAGGCUUUGUUGUAUGGAGUGUACACAACACAAAGUGACGUGUGAGUAGUGAACAUUAUAUGGCCUUUGAAAUAGCCUUGUUCAUUUUUCGUUAACUACAAAUGUUCACAUCUCCCAUUCCUUUCAAUUUGCAGUUGGAGUUAUGGUAUUCUCCUUUACGAGAUACUUACUGUAGGUAAGCGUGGAUUAAAACAGAAACAUACACAAUAUUGUUUAAAAAAACAGUUAAAUAGGCUGAGUCCUGCAUCAGAUAUUAAUUACAUAAUACAAUCGCUCCUUUUCUCCAAUAAAUGAAUAGAUAAAUGAAAUAUUCCAACGUCAUUCUAUAGGUGGGACUCCAUAUCCAGAUAUAAAACCUCGUCAAAUCGCGGAACGACUUCAAAAAGGAUACAGAAUGCCGAAACCAAGACACGUUGAUGAGAAACUGUGAGUAAAGGUUCAGUUUAUAGUAUCAUAUAACAGCUUAGCCAUUAAGGAUUUUCAGUUUUGAUUAUCUCAGUUUUUAGUAUUUGCAACUGUAUCUCUAUCAAAAGAGGCUACUCAUGCAAGGGGGUAUUGCCUCAAGCAAUCCUCUUCCACGUGAGGACUAGACCAGUCUAUAGACUUGUGUGUGUUCUCCUUUAACUUUUGGCGCGCUUCUGUUUAAUUUUCACCUGGGCUUUCCACCUCCAAAUGAACCCUUAUAGCUUUUUACUUAAGGAUAGGCAUAGAACAUCAAGAGAGUGGAAAUUGUCCACUUCACGUCUGUUUCUUAACUUAAUAUUAGAAAAUCUUUGGGCUCUUUGUUAAAAUGACCUAGGUACCAGGUCAUGCUGAAAUGUUGGGAGGAGGAACCAAAUGAUCGACCAACAUUUCAAAACCUGCGCAAGACCAUGAAGGAAAUGGAGAGAAAACACCAGGUGAGAUGAUUAGACAACAUGAUAAAGAUGGUACUACAUUUGCAGGAAAAGAUUCAUUAUUUGAUUGUUUCGCCACUUAUCAGACACAGUACAGUUAUAUGACAAAGAUGACAAGUCUCUUUGUUAAAAUGGAGACAAGGAGGGGAAUAUAUUGGGUGGAAGGAGUGACAGUAUAGCCACCAAGUGAACGACUUUUGUAAGACGUCUGAGAAAAAGACACAUUCCAAAGACAUUUGGAAUUAAAUAUAUUCUACAAAAACAGCUCGUAAAAAAAGACCAAAGAGUUAACUUGUGUAAAUAAGUGUAUUCAGCAGAUGAUUAAAAUGAGUGGGACCUCCUUUCUUGUCAAUACAAACAGCAUUCAAUAAGGCCGAGGAAAAUAACACAUACCGGGGUCUGCAUAAUUCUUCAAAUCACACAAAAGACGAAUCCAAUAAUUUCCUUAUUAUUCAUUCAAGAAAUCUGUAGUUUUAAAUGGUAUUUUUGCUAUUAUUGCUAAGUUUUAAGGCACUUUUUGGCUCUUUCCACUUCGCAUAACUCGAAAAAAACCACUGCUUUUUUUGCCCUGUGUUCCCUGCACUUCUGUUUCCCUUUAUUUUUGAUAUCGUUCUGUUAUCGACGAAACAAUAGUUACUCUUUAUGCAGAAUUAGCCGGGGGAUUUGAGCCAAUCAGAAACUAAGGAACGUUUUGAAUGAACUAAGGACUAGAACUUAAUUUUGCGAAAAUGGAGCGGUUAUAUUUCGCGGGACUCAAAUUUCGGGAUUAGAUGAAAAAGAAAAUUAGCAAUUAUUAAGCUUGAAUAAUCAUCAUCAUCAUCGUCAUCAUCGUGCUUCAUGAUAACAUUGCAAUACAUUUUUAACGAACAGCUAAAAAAAAAAUUAAGCUAACUUUAUUCUUGAUUGAUUUUCACUAACAGAUGUACGUCAACCUGAGACAGUAUGAUGGCCGUCUAUAUGCCAACGUUCAUGCCGGGGAUGGGACUGAAUAG